AUGAAUCUCUCAAUGGCGAUUGUGUGCAUGGUCAAGCCGGUGGAGCACAACUUGACUAUCUCGAAUGCUCACAGUCGCUGUGUGGCUCUUGUUGAAGACGACCCAGCUUCUGCUGGCUACAACGUCUGUUUUCCUAAUGUUUUCAAAUGUUUUUUGCAAACUUUCCAGGGAACUUUGGAUUGGUCGCCAGCAAUGCAGUCGAUGUCUUUAUCCGCAACUUUUUAUGGAGCUCUUGCUACAAUUCUCUUUUCCGGAUUUCUGGCUGACAAAUUUGGAGCGAAGAACAUACUUCUUUGUGAGCCAAUAUUUUAACUCCUUUAUUUAGAAGUUCAGUAACUACUUUGGUCUAUUCAACUGUUACGAUGUUGACUCCGAUGCUGGUAAAUAUAUCUUUCGAGGCUUUUUUUGUUUUCCGUAUUCUGAUGGGCGUUGCUGAGGUAUUCCGGACUUGAACUUCUUUCUUUUCAGUCAUCAGAUUUACAGGGAUUCUUCUUUCCUUCGAUUGGCAGCCUGGCUUCGAAAUGGUUUGCUCCGAGUGAAAGAUCUACUGCGGCGGCCAUUUACACUUCUGGAAAUCAGGUGAACUGCUUCGUGUAACUUGGAAAAAACUUCAAUCCGACAGGUCGGCGCGGCCACCAGCGGCCUCGUUGCUGCGCAAUUGUGCAAUUCGUCUUUUGGCUGGCCGUCUAUUUUUUAUUUUUACGGGUUCAUUGGAAUCUCCUGGUGCAUCGGUUAGUGAAAGUUGAGUUUUGAAAGUUUAUCCGGGAAGUUAUUAAGCAUGGAGCAUUCUAUUCACGAGCUCUCCGUCUUCUAACCGUUGGAUCAAUGAUAGCGAGCGCAUUUUCCUCGAAAACAACGGGGCUGCUUUUGGAAAGGUUGGAUCUGAUUUUUUCUUCGGAUACACUAAGAAUAACUGACAUAAACGAGAUAAACGCGAGGUCGGUGGCGGUACAUUGACGAACUCGCAAAAAUGUCGCUUUUUCUAGGCGCGAUCUCGCAUUGAUCUUGCAUUUCGGAAAUUUUCGAAUUGCGAGAGAAAUGCGAGCUCGCGCCUAGAAAAGUGCGAGCUCGUCAAUGUACCGCCAGUUUCUCGCGUUUAUCUCGGCAGUUAUUCUCAGUGUAGUAGGAAACUUUUCUUUUUCUCAAAUUUGAAAAUUUGCAAAAUUACUUUCAAUAUAUGAAUUGCUUUCAGAAAACUCCGAAAGUUCCCUGGGUUGCAUUGGUUGGAAGCAAGGCACUCUGGGCUGCCAUUAUUUGUCAGUAUGCAUUCAAUUUUCAAGCAAGUGCCAUGCAAUCUUUUUUGCCAAUGUUUCUUAAGGAUCAACUUGGUCUAUCUAUCAGCGAGGUUUGUACUGGAAUUCAUUGCUUUUCAAAAUUUUACUACUCAUAGUCAAAAGCAAAUUGAUAGACUUCAAACGUUUUAUAUGGCAUACCCGAUUAUCUAACAACAAAACAACAAGAUGACAAAAGAUAAAUAGUUUGAUUUGAUCGAUUUUUCAUCUACAUAUUGAUAAGCUUUUCAGAUGAUUCUGUGUCCAACUUAGUUUGCCAUCAGGAUUCCAUUGCAGAUUCUUGAACAGUGAAACGGAGUCGAUCAUUUUUUGAAUUUUGUGCAUUGCUCUAUCUGUACUGAAGCCUUAAUUAAUCACGAAGAACAAUACUCAAAAAGUAUUUUACAGAACGGUUUGUACACAAUGGUCCCAUUUUUGACGCAACUUAUCGCGAAGAACAUUUUUGGUCCUCUCGCAGAUCACAUUAAACGGCGACAGACUCUCACGAAGACGGCGUGCGUGAAGGUCUUUCAGUCAGCCGGUAAAAUAUCUCCUCUUUGGGCCAUUAAAAUGAUAAUAACGGAUUUUAACGGCUUGGCGAAACCAUUUUUGUUGGGGUUUCAGGUUCGGUCGGAUCUUCGAUUUGUCUUCUUGUCGUGGCUUAUUUCGCUUCCUGUGAAACUAAAGAGCUCACCUUAGCUGCAUUGGCCCUCUACGGUAAACUGAAAUCAAGUUCACUAAACUUUAUAGAAAGACAAAAACUAAUUUUAUGACUCUUACCGACUCUUAUAUUUUAUAGCUGGGAACAAUUAUUUGCAGGAGUUUUCUUUUCUGCUGGAAUUUGCGGUUUUUUCACCAGUAUCCUGUCGAUAGCCCCGAAUUACGGUGGCUCUCUCAUUUCUAUAAGUAUGUUUCUCGGAAUGCUCGGCAACAUCAGUGCGCCUCUGUUGUUUAGCAUCAUUCAAAAAAAUAUGUUAGUUAUAGAAUGAUAGACAGGGAAAUCUGGAAAAAUUCAGACUUCAUAUACUGAAUACAAAUGGGAGAUUCUUUUGACCGGAUGUGCUGUGGUAAACAUUUCGAGCGGGAUAUUGUUCUCGAUUUUUGGAUCAGGUGAACUAUCUGCUUUCACCACGGAGUAAUCUGCAGAGUUCAGCCGAUGAAGAGUCCUGGAACAAGCCCCAGGAAGAGAAACCGAAAGAAAUUUUGGCUGCAGGAUGA